AUGCUGUGGACCGCCGCGCUCUGCCUCCUCUGGGCCUCCACCGCCCUCGCCGCGCCCGCCGGCGGCGCCCGCCACAAGGUGCUGCUCAUCUCCUUCGACGGCUUCCGGUGGGACUACGACCGAGACGUGGACACGCCGAACCUGGACCAGAUGGCCCGGGACGGGGUGAAGGCUCUGUACGUCACCCCUCCGUACCUCACCCUCACCAGCCCCACCCACUUCACCCUCCUCACAGGCCGCUACAUCGAGAACCACGGCGUGAUCCACAACAUGUGGUUCAACACCAGCAGCCAGGAGAAGAAGCCGUACUACCAGACCCUGUUCGUCAACGACUGGUGGGACAAUGGCUCGCUGCCCAUCUGGAUCACGGCGCAGCGGCAGGGCCUGAAAGCCGGAUCUCUUCACUUCCCUGGCACCGCCUCCAGCUACCAGGGUCAGGUCGCCAUGGUGCGGGAAGUGGAGCCGCUGCUUUACAACUACAACAACGAGACGGCGUGGAGAGAGAACGCCGACAAGGUGAUGGGCUGGUUCAGAGACCGGGACCUGGACUUCGUGUCCCUGUACUUCGGCGAACCGGACGGAACCGGGCACCGCUACGGCCCGGACUCCCCCGAGCGCAGGAAGAUGAUCGAGCAGGUGGACCGAACGGUGGGCUACAUCCGGCGCUCGGCCGCCGACCACCGGCUGGACGACCGCCUCAACAUCAUCAUCACGUCCGACCACGGCAUGACCACGGUGUACCGCAACGGCCUGGUGCGGGAGAUCACCCUGAGGGACAUCCCCGGCUUCUCCUUCCGGGACCUGGCCUUCCACCUGGUGGACUACGGGCCCUGCGGCAUGCUGCUGCCCAAGCCGGGCCGGCUGGAGAAGGUCUACGGCGCCCUGAAGGGGGCGCACCCGCACCUCCACGUCUUCAAGAAGGAGGAGCUGCCGGAGCGCUUCCGCUUCUCCCGCCACGACCGCAUCCUGCCGCUCAUCCUGCUGUCCGACGCCGGAUACGUCAUCAACGGGUACUUCCCGGUCCAGUUCAACAAGGGGGAGCACGGCUUCGACAACCAGGACCUGGACAUGAAGGCGCUGUUCCGGGCCGUGGGCCCGGCGUUCCGCAGGAACCUGGAGGUGGGCCCGUUCGAGACAGUCCACAUCUACCCGCUGAUGUGCCACAUCCUGGGCAUCCGGCCGGAGCUCAACGACGGCCGCCUGAGCGCCACCCAGCACCUGCUGGUGGCCGGCGGCAGCGGCGUGAAUUAUCUCCCCCACCUGUUCACCGGCCUGGCCGCCGCGGCCGGACUCCUGGCUGCGGCGUUCCUGGCUGUGCUGACCGGACACGUCCUGAAGAGACGCCGGACGGCGAGAAGAUCCGGGAGCAAGAGGCGUCCUGCAGAGAAGACCCUCCAGACCACGUUCUGA